UUAGUUAAUUGAAGGUCUUGAAAUCUAGAGUUCAAGUCAACUUCAACCAUGUAUAAUGUUUUAAUCAAUGCCUAUGCACAAAUGGUAUGUUAUUUUGGAAAUUCUAUCAAUAAAUAACUAUCACUACAAUUAAUUCUAUGCUAGAUUGUUUGGUAAUGUAAUCAUUGUUGGUUUAUAUAUACAUACCCAAUAUGCCAAUUGUUUUGUUUAUGCACUAUUAUAAUAUCGUUGCUAUAGAACAAAGAGACCAAUAAUCAUUAGUAAAUAGUAGUGUCUAAUAGGUGCCGGAACAUUUGAAUAGAGACAGUUUUAGUAAUAGUAGUGUCGGCUACAAAAUCCUAAAACUAGGCAUAGUUGGGUGCGAAUGGUUCUGUCAUGCUUAUGUUGCAGUAGCCAACUUUGUUCUUUCUUGUAUUGUUCUUUCUCCGGAUUCUAAUAAAUCUCAUCGAAAGGUUGGUACAAGUUUUGCCGCUUAUUUUUCUGUUUGUCAGAUUCAGAAGACAGUCCAAAAGAUGUCUGUCAGCAAUCACUUUGAGAUUGGGUCAAAGUGGGAGUCUCAUUACAAUGGGUUGAAUUUUUAAUAAAAUAUUAAAUAUAUAACUUCACACUUUUGAUUGCUAGGCCUUUGUUGAGGAGAUAAUGGAGCUUGUGGAGCUCACUCCGUUAAGUGGAGCACUAGUGGGUCUACCUGGAAUUGAUGGUCUGUCAACUGAACAACGAAAAAGGUUGACUAUAACAGUGGAACUGGUUUCCAACCCUUCUAUAGUCUUCAUGGAUGAGCCCACUUCUGGAUUGGAUGCCCGGGCCGCAGCUAUUGUGAUGAGAACUAUGAGGAAUAUAGUAAAUACUGGGCGGACAAUUGUGUGCACGAUCCAUCAACCUAGCAUAGACAUUUUUGAAUCCUUUGAUGAGCUUCUGUUUAUGAAAAGGGGAGGAGAGCUCAUUUAUGCUAGUCCACUUGGUCCUAAAUCUAGUGAACUAAUUAUCAGUUAUUUUGAGGCAAUCGAAGGAGUUCAAAAGAUCAGAUAUGGAUAUAACCCUGCUACGUGGAUGUUAGAGUAUUUUUGCAGGGAGACGCAACAAGAUCUAUUCAAUGCCAUGGGAUCCAUGUAUUCGGCAAUCCUCUUCAUUAGUAUAACAAAUGGCACAGCUGUUCAGCCUGUUGUUUCCGUGGAAAGAUUUGUUUCUUAUAGAGAAAGGGCUGCAGGGAUGUAUUCGGCUUUAUCAUUUGCAUUUGCUCAGGUUGUGAUCGAGUUCCCUUAUGUGUUCGCACAGGCUAUGAUAUACUCUACAAUAUUCUAUUCCAUGGCUUCCUUUGUCUGGACUGUUGAUAGGUUCAUUUGGUACUUAUUCUUCAUGUAUUUUACGAUGCUAUAUUUUACCUUCUAUGGAAUGAUGACAAUGGCUGUCACACCAAAUCAUAAUGUCGAUCAUUGCUGCUCCAUUUUAUAUGUUGUGGAACCUUUUCAUUGGUUUUAUGAUUCCUCACAAGGUAUGGAAACUGAUACUUAUUGCUUCUUUAUGGAGUCACUAGUGGAAAAUUAGGAUAUUACGUCACCCAUUUUACGUCGGAAAUACAAACACCCGACGUAAUAAAAAUGCGGUGGCACGUUUCGUAAUUUUUAUGACUUUUUUACGUCGGACCUUUAAGGGACUGACGUAAAUAAGCCACAGCCUGCUUAAAACAAGGUGUGCGCGCAUGGCUAGGUUUCAAAAAUUUCUUUCUCCCGCGCGUUGUUUCUUCUUCUGCACCUCAUCCCUCUGAAGCCUCCUCAAGUUUCUUCUUCUGUUUUUCUUCUUCGGAGGUUUCUUCUUCGCGUUGGUUUCUUCUUCGCCUUAGUUCCAUACGUCCAUCUGUUUUUCUAUGAGGUUAUGUUUAUGACCAGUUUCAAGAUUUUUUUUGUAAUCAACAGAAUCAAGCUCAGAUAAAAGAGGAGAAGAUGAAGAGUGACUGUCAGCAAGUAGCAGAGACAUCCACGGAUCCAACUGGGUUAGGCCGAGAUGAAAGGAGCUCUGCGCUAGAAGAGUUAAAAGAUGAAGUCCGGAUUUGGAGAACCUGCUCCUGGGUUUAUCAAGCAGAACGGGCCGUUCUGCUGCACUUGUUUUCUUUUUUUUUUUUUUUAAAAUUUUUUUAUGACUUU